AUGCUGCUGCUGCUGCUCGCAGCAGCAGCAACACUGCUGCUACGAGAGCCUAUCAGCAACAGCAGCAGCAGCAGCAGUGGUCCCCUUGCUGCUUCAGCUCCUCACAUUCUCCUGGCUGCUGCAGGGGAGAGCCUAGAUGGCGACAACGCCUCUAGCAGCAGCAGCGACAGCAGCAGCAGCAACAAUGACAGCAGCAGCAGCAGCAGUGGUGGCGCCGUCUCCCCCGCAGAGGAGAACACAGGUACAGCGCCCGCAGAGGCAGAAGCAGCAGCAGCAGCAGCAGAAGAGUCAGCAGCAGCAGAAGCAUCGGAGUCCGGCGAUCUGAGCGCUGCAACAGGUAAUGACAAUGCAGAAACAGGUGACGCAGCAGCAGCAGCAGCAGCAGCAGCAGAAGUAGCAGGUUCAUCCUCUGCUGCAUCUCCCAAAGCAGGAGAACCAUCAUCAGCUGCAGCAGCAGCAGCAGCAGCAGCAGCACCCGCAGGUGCAGCAGCAGGUAUAUCCAGAUCAUCAUCAUCAUCAUCAUCAUCAUCACCAUCAUCAUCAGCAGCAGCAGCAGCAGCAGCUGCAGCAGCAGCAGACGACGACGCCCCCCCGGUGCCGUGUCUUAUGCGUCGUCCGUACAGCGAGAGCCGCGGGGGCUUUAUGAAGGUGCCGCAGUCUUUCUUAGAUAGAAGAAGAGACGGAGACAUAUCGGCGGAGGAGCUGGAGGAGCAGAUCAAUAAGUUGUUUGCUGCUGACGAGGAACAGAUAGAAAGACAAAGCGCAGCUAUAGCGAGGUCUGUGGAUGCUUCUCGUACUUCGGGGCAGCAGAAGGGGAGAAUAAUAAUUGGGGUGGCAGACCUGCAGGCUGGAGACAGAGACUUUGACUUGCUGCUGCAGCGGCGCCAAGAAAGCAGCAGCAGCAGCAGCAGCAGCAGGACUAUAAGCACACGUGCUGAGGCUGAAGCUAUGGGGAGAGCAGCAAUACAUGCAGAGGAGCUGCAGCAGCAGCAGGUGGUAGGGGACGUGAAGGUGUUACCGGAGGUGGGGUUGGUGGUUGUUGACUUCAAGCCAGAGUCAUCAGAGACACAGAUAAAAGAGACAGUCAAAAAUAUAUGGUUGCGUUCUCCUGCUGCUUGGCUUAUAGAAGCAGACUCAGAGGUGAAAAUAAGAGAGCCUCCUGCUGCUGCUGCUGCUGCUGCAGCAAGAGGAGCAGCAGCAGCAAAAGCAGCAGCGGAAGAGGGGCGAGCAACAUCGCCCUUCCGCGCAGACGCAGAAAACCCACGCCAACUUAUGGAGACAGACAGUAUGUACGCUAGCAACAGCAGCAGCAGCAACAACAGCAGCAGCAGCAGCAACAGCAACAGCAACAGCAAGGCCAGGCAGCAGCAGCAGCAGCGACUCGAGAAGACUGCAGCGAGGAAGCAAAAGCAGCAGGAGAUCAAGGCCCUCCAAACCGAUGCAAAGGCGGCAACAAAAAAGGAAAGAACCAGCAGCAGCAAACAGCAGCAGCAGCUGAGACAAACCAAGAGCAAGCCUAUGAAGGAGCAGCGUGAGGGGCCGCAGCAGAAGCAGCACAAACUGCGAGCUCAGCAGCAGCAAGAAGAGAAGCAGCAGCAGCAGCGUGCCCGUCCCCAGAAGCAGCAGAAACCAACCAAACUCAAGGCGCAGCAGCGCGAAGACAGCAGCAGCAGCAGCAGCAGCAGCAAGAAGGGGGCUGUCCCCUCUGUUCCCCUAUCUAUUUCUGCUUCUCUAGGGCCUGAACCCAACGACGGCUACAGGCAGCAGAUACAGAUCCCCCCCCCUUCUGCAGCAACCCCGCAGCAGCUGAACUAUGGCGGCAACGUCCGACGCCUCCAGUCAGCAGCAGCAGCAGCAGCAGAAAUUGAAGAUGCCUUAGACCUGCCGACAGCAGUCGAAGCGUAUGAUGACGACGAUAUAACCGAGCAGCGGGAGGAGUUUCUCGCCAGAGACGAUCCCCGGCCCAACGACGUUUACUUCACUAGACAGUGGGGGCUGACGCACAAGACGCUGGGGUGUAACAUGCUGGAGGCGUGGCGUCUGGUGUACAGACGGCGGCAGCAGCAGCGCGAAGCAGCAGCAGCAGCAGCAGCAGCAGCAGAGGCAUCAUCCGACCCAGAAGCAGCAGCAGCAGCAGCAGCAGCAGUGAGGUCUAGUGAAGAACCUAUUGUCGUUGCUGUCAUAGAUACUGGCGUUGACUAUACACACGAAGACCUCCAAGGAAGGCUCUGGAAAAACCACAAAGAAAUUCCUAAUAACGGAAUUGAUGAUGACGGCAACGGCUAUGUGGACGACUACGACGGCUACGACUUCGAGCAGGGGCGGCCCGACCCGAUGGACAUCCACGGCCACGGCACGCAUGUAGCGGGCAUCGUUGCUGCUGCUGCUAACAAUGGAAUUGGUAUUGCAGGCGCGAACUGGCGCGUGAAGCUGAUGCCUCUGAAGUUUGAGAAGCGUAGCUCUGCUGCAGUCGAGGCGAUAGCUUACUCGCUGCAGAUGGGGGCCAAGGUCAGCACGAACUCGUGGGGCUUUUCGUUUCGCUCUGAGGCCCUUCGUCUCGCGUUGGAGUUGGCGGAGACGCAGGGACAGCUGUUUGUUGCUGCUGUUGACAACGCAGGAGCAGACAAUACCACCAAAGACUUUCCUCCUAACUGGGGUUACGAUUGGCGUACGGGCCGCGGAUUUCGCAAUUUGCUGCGCGUAGCGAAUUUAGCCCCCACUGGCAAACUCUCAGCCUCUUCUAACUAUGGUAACACUCCUGCUGCUGCUACUGCUGCUGCUGCUGCUGCUGCUGCUGCUGUUGCUGCUGCUGCUGCUGCUGCUGGUGGUCUUUCUGCUGAUGAUGCUUAUUGUGAAGAUGAUGAUAAAGAUGAUGAUAAUGCUGCUGGUGAUGUUGCUGGUGAUGCUGGCCGGUACAACGUGGACAUAGCUGCGCCUGGGACGGACAUAAUAUCGACAUUGCCAGCCAGCCAAUUCGGCGAUCGCUACGGAUACAAAAGCGGCACUUCUAUGGCCACGCCUCUCGUUGCAGGCAUUGCUGCGUUGGUGUGGGGGGAGCGGCCCCGUCUGUCUGCAGCUGAAGUGCGUGAGGUGCUGCUGUUCUCUGUGUCUCCUCUUGCUUCGCUAAAAGAUACAGUGGCGACUGGUGGGGUUGUAAACGCAGCAGCAGCAGUGAAGGUGGCGCAUGCACUGAACAAGCUAGACAGCGGCAUAGAGUCCCCGGAGGCUGUAGCUUUCAUCCGCUGGCAGCAGCAGCAGCACAUGGAGCAGCAGCAACUCAUCGCAGCAAGCACCAGCAGCAGCAGCAGCAGCAACGCUGCAGCAACAAAAAACACACACGACCCUUCCUUUCCUUCUACAACAGGAGCAGCAGGAGGAGCAGCGAUCCCAAGCCCUAUAAACAACCCCUCUGCAGCAGCAGCAGCAGCAGCAGCACACCCAGGCGCAGUAACUUAUCCCUACGAUCCAACAGCAACAGCAGGAUACCCUUACCCUGUUCUUGUUGUCCCCACCCCCCAGGGAACUAUCCCUUCAGCAGCGUCUGCAUACUCCCCCUCUCCUGAUACAUCCAGCAGCAGCAGCAGCAGCAGCAGCAGCAACGAGAGCAGCAAAGCAGCCACAAGCUCUGCCAGCUCCCCCCUUCACUUCUUCUCGCGGCUGCUGGACCCCUUCGCCCUCUUCGCUCGCUUCGUAAGGAUGGAUGCAGACACAGCUAAAAGCAACUAA